GCACUCAUCUCACAGGCUAGCUGCAAGCGUAGUACGAGCUGUUGCAGGUACUACUACCGCGAUGCAGACCAUAAGCUAAGGAACGUGCCUGAAGUGGACAACUCUUGCAAAUGGGCCGGUGGUGGGCUGCUGUCCACAGUCACCGAUUUGCUGAUUUUUGCGAACGCAAUGCUUUACAGUUACCACGCCGCUGCCUCACCGCAGUCACCCAGAAGCGACAGCAACCAGGUGAAUGAACGGAAACCACUGUUGGACGCCGAAACAUUGAAAACGUUUUGGAGCGGUGUGAUUUCAGACCAGCGAGGCCGUGUCUACGCCCUUGGAUGGUACAAGAUUGAUGAAGCAGAUCAAGAAUACGGCGGUUUGGCUACUGCUUGGACACGGAAGGGCGUUUUUAUGCAUACUGGCGCUGCGGUAGGCGCAUCAUCCGUCCUGCUUCUAAAACCCGAUCGCCGUGGUUCUAAUGCCGACGGGACCUGCAUUGCCGUCCUUACAAAUUUGCAUGAGUGUGGCGAACUUACACAGCUGGCAUUCGAGAUUGCCGAGAUCUUCGAUUCUGCAUUUCCGAUAGAAACUUAA